AUGGCAACUGAAGGUGCAAAGUCUUCUGAAUCUGCCAUCGGACUUCACACUUAUAACAGUGCUGCCGAUUUGACAAGUGGGCAUGUUAUUACACUUGAUAAAAACGAGUUUCUUUUCGAUCUGAACACGAAAAACGCUUGCACUCGUCCACUGGAAAUUUUCAUCAAGUUGCUCUCCAAAUCCAACGUCGCUAGGGAGUUCUCUCAUUUCGCAUCUGUCCCAUUGUCACGUCUCCGCACCGUUGACGCCUUCUUUGAUCAUCCGGACUUGAAUAAACUAGGUGAAAUUCAAGUUUAUGAGCAGACACGUGUUCGAGCCGUUCAUAAUAAAGGUCAUAAUUACAUUAAUGCCAGCUGGAUUGAUGGAUAUCGUGAAAUUCGGAAGUUCAUCGUUGCCCCAUCUCCUAUUUCUGCAACGAUUUCUCAGUUUUGGCGUUCAAUUUAUGACCGAGAUUCAGUUGUGGUUGUGACUCUUUGCAAGUUGGUAGACGAAAACGGAAAACCAUUUAUGCCAACAAAACAUGGAGAACCAAUGACGUUUGAUGAUAUGACUGUUGAGUUGGAUAACAUUCGAAAAGUGAGAACCACUACAUAUUCCGCCGUGUUGAAACUGAAGAAACAAGGAGCGCCAAAUAGCAAGACAGUGAUUUUGAUUGCUUAUAUCGGAUGGGGUUCAAUGGGAUAUCCUCAGAGACCAUCGGAUAUUUUGGAUCUGAUAUCUGAUAUGAACCAUAUGAGAACUAUUGUCAGGAAACAGGGAAUUUCUGAAAAACGAAUCGAGGAGAGUCAGAGAACUCCAAUCACUCUUAUUUGCUUUGAUGGAUUCAGUAGAAGUUGCACAUUGGCAGCACUUGAUAUUCUCUGUAGACGUCUUGAAGCCUCUCAUGCAAUUGGAACCCCACUUGUAGAUGUUCUGGAUACAAUUGCCAGACUUCGUAUGCUCCGUGGAGCUGCUUGCAUGAAAGCUGAGCAAUUCGUUUUCUUAUCAAUGGCAGUUCUGGAGUAUGCUAUCCGUCAUCAUCUUAUAAAUGUAGAGGAUCUCGAUAAGAUCUGUGUGAAUGGGUUUUUGAUCCAAUCGAAUCCGGAAACCGUCUGA